GGACAUGACCUGUCGGUCCAUGUCGAAUAAAAACAAGAAAAGGGCUGAAAAGGACGCGUCGCCUUGAAGCUCUGCGUCGUCAACAUCUCUGUUCCCCACCCUCCUUCCGCCUCGCCAUGAAUCAAUCCGAUCCACGCACCACAGCCUAGGUCCCAAUGGAGUUCGUCCAUCAUGGUGGGGAUGAUACGGUAGGACGCUUCGCCGAGCUAAUCCAGCGCCAUGACCCGCAGACGGAAGGCAUAACAGAGCUACAGUCUCCCUAUGGUAUUGAUAUACUGGCAACAAUCGCCGCCUUUCCAGAUUUGGAGCCGAUCUCCAGAUCCGAAGUUGUGGAUGCUAGCAAUUCAGAUCCAUUUUGGGGCGACGCGCAAGCAGGCGAUAUACCCAACUGCGGACAUGGCGAGACGAAUCCUUCGUCAGGGCAGUAGCGAAGCGAGCGCGUCGUCCCGCUCCUUCCCUCUCCUCUGCGCGGCUGCCGCCUCGCGACGCCACCUCGAUGAGGAGCAGCAGCAGCAGCGCCGGCUCGGCGCCAAGGAGGAGGCCGAUGAGCGACCUCAUCGGCGCCAGCGACGACCUCUCCCGCUUCUCCGUCGCCACCACCACGGCCUCGUCCGAGUGGUCCGCCGGUGGCCGCGGGGCAGCCGCCUUCCUCGACGCCUUCCGCUCCUGCUUCGCCCCCGCGGACGCGCGCUCGCCAGAGACCUCCCUCUCCGACGUCGACCUCGACGCCUCCCACCAACAUCAGCCAGUCAUCCACAGGGACAUACAUGGUGGGUUGCGAGCAUACGUCAGCACUGUUGGUUGAAGGUAGAUGAUGUUGUGGUGAUUUGUUUCCAGAAAGAUGAGGAGUCUCCGUCAAUGAAGGUAUGGUUUACCAUCAUAGCCUAGUCUUGGCUAUAUGGUAAGGAUUUGAAAGCAAAUGGUUGGAAAUGCCUCUCUAAAACUGCUGAACUGUAUCCGAAAGGUCUUUGGUAUGGCAUACCAAUUAUCUAAAUCUGGGCACCGUGCCGUCGUCUUCAGUCGCAUAACUUUAAAUCUUUGUCGUGUGUGGCAAACCAGUUAUCUAAAUUUGGGCACUGAGCCAUAGUGUUUGAAUCCUUGAACCUUCCAUAAUUUUGUAAUGUGUUCUAUGUUGCAAACAUCUACGUAGUUUCUAAUCCGAGACUGAUGACAUGGAAAA